CGCUAGUUUUUAAAUUAGACAUGCGCACAAGUAUUAACUUGUGAUUUGUUCGUUAUCAUGAACGUAACCGUAGAAUGAUUUUGAAAAUACGUAUUAGUAAUCUGUUUAUUAAUAUAAUAUAUACAUAUGUAUCUGAUAAAAGUUCAUAGUUUCGCGCGUUAGCAAAUAUUUUCAACAUUUUAAAAAAUUUCUAAAAAUGGGAGAGUUACUUACUCUCGAGAAUGCUAAACAAAUUGCAGCUUACAAAGCAGUUGACGAAUAUGUGAAGAAUAACAGUAUCAUUGGAAUUGGUAGUGGAUCUACAGUAAUAUAUGCUGUUCACAGGCUCGUUGAACGUGUAAAGGAAGAAAAUCUUAAUGUUAUUUGUGUUCCAACUUCAUUCCAAGCUCGGCAGUUAAUAUUAAAUAAUCAUCUUACAUUGGGUGAUUUGGAGACCUAUCCUAAAUUGGAUUGUGCAAUUGAUGGAGCAGAUGAAGUUGAUUCCGAUAUGAAUCUUAUCAAAGGUGGAGGAGGUUGUUUACUUCAAGAAAAAAUUGUUGCAUCCUGUGCUAAUCAACUUAUUAUAGUAGCAGAUUAUACGAAAAAUUCUCAAAAACUUGGUGAACAAUAUAAAAAAGGUAUUCCUAUUGAAGUAGUUCCUAUGGCAUAUGUUGCUAUUUUAAGAAGAAUUGAAGAUAAUUAUGGAGGACUUGUGAAAGUUAGAAUGGCUUUAGCUAAAGCUGGUCCAGUUAUAACAGAUAAUGGUAAUUUUAUUCUUGAUUGGCAUUUUCCUCGUGAUAUAAGUAAUUGGGAUAAAAUCAAUAUAGAAAUCUCAAUGAUACCAGGAGUAGUUGAAACUGGACUUUUUAUAAAAAUGGCAAAAAAAGUGUACUUUGGAAUGCCUGAUGGCAGUGUUAAAGAACAAUUUUAAUGUUUUAUAUUAAUAUUAUUUUAAAUAUGUUCAUAAUUCAUGAUAUUGAUUUGAAUUUAGUUUAAAUUAUGACAAAAGGAUUUGAAUAAUCCUAAUUUUUUUUUUUUUUUAGAUAAUAUAUUUUCAUUUUUGCCAUUUAUGACAUAUCAUUACAUUCAUAUACAUUUAAAUCUUAUUCUUUUUACAACUAAAUCUUAAAUAAGAUUGUGUUUUAUAGACUGAAUUAUUUUCUGUACUUUUUACAUAUUUAUUUUCUGAUUCAAUGUAUAAAGGAACAUAAAA